AUGAUUGUAGAUGAUAUUGGUGCAGAGCUCUGGGCACUCGUGUACCACCUCUUUCGAAAAUACCGCCACGACCCACGGAGAGCGGUGCAAGAGCUGGUGCUGCGCACUCACGCGGAGUGGACCAGUGAGCUUGUUGUACCACUGCCCACAAUUGCACUGGAUGUCAAGAAAAGCCCCUGGUAUCACGAGAUGUGUAGCCGCCACACAUCUCUGCUGGAGGAAUUGCAUGCAAAACACAAGGACGACAUCGCCGACGCUCAGGAGCUAGUGUCGAGCUUGUAUCCGGACGGCGGAAGCCUCAGCGAGUACGCCGAGGCGCUCCGCACAAGUGCGGCACUUCUUCCCUGCCUCGUGCCAUCUGACGUGAUCGACCACCUCAUUCAGAAAAGAGGCGCUGAGUUUCAGAAGAAGGGGUUGCACGAGGUGAGCCGCGACGAGCUAGUGUCUGAUGUCAUCGAAGGUCUCAUGAUUAAGGUUCUCACACCGCGACAGUGGUGGUGCCGAGGGGCAAGCUCCGUCGCGCGCGCCACAAAAACGGGCAUCCAGGGCAACCCCCCUACAAUCUACAUCGAGUAUGAGAGGCCGGCCGGUGUGCCGCAUGUUCGCCGCAUUCACCUGCGCACUAACCUGCGCCCUGACAUGCCCACAGCGCAGCUAGCGAGGCGGCUUGCGAAGACGCAUGAGGCACUUCUCUCCGAGGCGCAAUUUCAAUCACUGCUUAUACGAUGCCAGCGCCUUCAAGGUCAGAGCUCUGUUUCGUCAGCGGCGACUGCACCUCCAACUUGCACCGUCGCACCAACGUCCAUUGCGGCGUUGUUGCCAACGAUAGCGAGCACCCCCUCGCCGGACGCGCCGACAGCCCGCAGCAGCAAGCCGCAGAAGGCGGACUUGGGCCUUCUGUAUCGCGACCCCGAUGCUGCGCUGGAAAACGUUGACCUCAACGACGCCGAUGAAGUUACGCUACAAGAGUUCAAGGAGGUCAUGAAUGAGCGCUUCAAAGCCAAGGUCGUGAAGCCUGGCGAUCCGAGGUACGUGUACGACAAGCGUGUCGAAGUGUCCAAGCCCACGCAGAGUAGCGAGUGGGACGACGAUUCUGAUUAG